GUGUAAACACCUGCCUCUCACACACUGGUCGUGGUGUAAACACCUGCCUCUCACACACUGGUCGUGGUGUAAACACCUGCCUCUCACACACUGGUCGUGGUGUAAACACCUGCCUCUCACACACUGGUCGUGGUGUAAACACCUGCCUCUCACACACUGGUCGUGGUGUAAACACCUGCCACUCACACACUGGUCGUGGUGUAAACACCUGCCUCUCACACACUGGUCGUGGUGUAAACACCUGCCUCUCACACACUUGUCGUGGUGUAAACACCUGCCUCUCACACACUUGUCGUGGUGUAAACACCUGCCUCUCACACACUUGUCGUGGUGUAAACACCUGCCUCUCACACACUUGUCGUGGUGUAAACACCUGCCUCUCACACACUUGUCGUGGUGUAAACACCUGCUUCUCACACACUGGUCGUGGUGUAAACACCUGCCUCUCACACACUUGUCGUGGUGUAAACACCUGCUUCUCACACACUGGUCGUGGUGUAAACACCUGCCUCUCACACACUUGUCGUGGUGUAAACACCUGCUUCUCACACACUGGUCGUGGUGUAAACACCUGCCUCUCACACACUGGUCACGGUAUAAACACCUGCCUCUCACACACUGGUCACGGUAUAAACACCUGCCUCUCACACACUGGUCACGGUAUAAACACCUGCCUCUCACACACUGGUCACGGAAUAAACACCUGCCUCUCACACACUGAUCGUGGUGUUAAUUAACACCUGCCUCUCCCUGCCGACACUUGACUCGUAUAACUAAUAUUAACUAAUUUCACGACGACCAAGCACCAAGAUGUUGCAAGUCACCAUAAAGGAGUCUUGGUGGCUGGUGUUUGUGAUGGUUAGUGUCGGGGCAGUGAUGACUGAACAAGCUGGUACAGCGGGUGAUUAUGGAGGCAUGAGAGUGCUGGUGCUGCACCCGAUAGCCGCUGGGUCUCAUGUACUCACUCUGAGGGCCCUGUGCCAGGCACUCGUCGCUAAGGGACACCAGGUGACAGUGGUAAGGUGGCAGGAAGCUAGACAGUUACCAGUAGUGGACCAUCCCAGCAUCACAGAGAUCGUCCUCACCAUUAAUAACACGGAUGGUUCUGUACCUUACAUGACGCUUGAGGAGACUGCCAGCUUCGUGAUGCCUCAGGAAAUCAUGUGGAGUCAUGGGACAUCGUGGAAGGUAAUACCGUUGGACGCCUUCAUCACAGUGUCUGCAUACUGUAAGGCACUGCUGGGGGAUCUGCCCCUGCGCCAUCACCUGCGACUGCAGCGCUUCCACGUGGCCGUCGUCGACAUUAUUUACAACGAAUGUGGUCUGGCCCUGGCUCAUGAUCUAGGUGUUCCAUCAGUGGGUUACUGGGCUUUCACUUUAGCCGGGGGCGAGGCUCAGUACACGACAGCCUUCAGUCCUCCCUCAGCAGUGCCCAUUCUCUUCACCCACUACACAGACGUGAUGACCUUUAACCAGCGUCUCGUCAACCACUUGUACGCCCUGGGCAGCCACGUUGUCAUGCAGGUGCAGCAGGCAGUGACUUGGUGGCAGAUCAAGAAGUACUUACCGUCUUCCCCGCCACCUGGGACGCUGCUGGCUGAGCUGUCCGGAAUGUUGAUAAACUCACACCCAGCUCUAGAUUACCCAAGACUCCUGCCUCCCUCCUUCAUCAAUGUGGGCGGUUUACAGAUCCAGCCUACCAAGCCACUACCAAAAGAUCUGGAGGAGUGGGUGGGAGGUUCUGGCUCUGCUGGGACCAUCCUCUUCACUAUGGGUUUCCUUUUCAAUUCUCGCGUCUUUCCUGCGCACGUCAUCAGCAAUUUAAUGGGCGCCUUCGCUAGACUUCCCCAACGGGUGUUGAUGAAGCUGGAGGAGGAGUUCCCAGCGCCACCUGCCAACGUUAAGGUGGUCACCUGGCUUCCACAACAAGAUGUCCUGGGUCACAACAAGACUGUGCUGUUCUACACACACUGUGGGAUGCACGGGGUACUGGAAGCACUGUACCAUGCAGUACCCAUGGUGGGUAUGCCGGUGUUUCUUGACCAGAGGGACGUGCUGGUCAGAAUGGAGGAGAGAGGUGUAGCCCGGGGCGUCUCCAAGGAGCCUUCAGAGGAAGAAAUUUACCAAGCAAUUGUUCAGGUCCUCAACGACCCCAGUUACCGGGAGAAUGCUGGUCGGAUGUCUCAGGUGAUCCGUGAUCACCCGGUAGAGCCCAUGGACGAGGCUCUCUGGCUUGUGGAACACGUAGCCAACACACGUGGGGCUCCACACCUCAAGUUCUCCGCCAGACACCUCAACUUCUGCCAGUUCUUCGGACUCGAUGUCUUCGCAUUCAUGCUCAUGGUCCCAUUUUGUCUUUUUUAUGGUCUUCCACACAUCGUCAAGUAUAUUCUAAGUAACUUUAUGGUUCUAGGAAGUCACAGAAGUAAAUUGAAAGUGUCUUAAUUUACAAUUUUUGCGAAAUUUAAAUAGUUUCAAAAAUACGAUUGAGCUUCAAGAAACUUAAUUCAUAGUAAGUGAGAAAAAUAAAAAAUUUAUGACAUUUACUCAUUACUGGGCAGGACAUAUCCACUGAUAAUUUAAACACAUGUUUUUAAGGACUCUUAAAUUCUUAGUUGAUGUCCGAGAGAGUUCUUGUUCUAAUCCAUCACAAACCCUCUGGGUGGAGUUUGAGCAGUGCAAGGGUUUGUUGAUGUCGUUGUCCAGUAGCUGAGAGUGCCAGAUGUCAAUAUUAUUUCCCUACUUCAUGCCUGAGAGUGACAUUUUUACCUCAAAGUUCUCUUGUUUUACACAUUUUCACUAUUCUAGAAUGGUGUUAAGUUACUGAAUUUAUUUCCAGUGCUUUGUUGAAUUAUUGAACACCAUUUUGAUACACAAAAGAGAAACUAGAUUCACCGGAGCGUAGUGAAAACGGUAGCGUCCUCAGCUCACACACGCCGGGGGGAGGGGGGGCCCAUGUUUGAUCCAAGUAGAAACAUUGGGUAUGUUUUCUUGCACCUGUUGUCCAUGUUCACCUAGCAACAAGUAGGUAUCUGGGUGUCAGUCACCUUACACUUGAUGUCCAUAUAGCAGUAAGUAGGUUCCUGAGUGUUGUGGGUGGUUAUGAUGCUGGAUACUGCAUUGUUGAAACCUAAAUACUGUAGUAAUGUUUAAUGUAUUGUGUGGUGAAAAACCUCCAUGAAAAUAGUGUCAGUGGACGUGGAUUGAAUGGCAUACGAACGUGUUCUAGACACGGACAGUUUGAGUAUCGAGGCGACCGUGAGAGGUGUGUAAAGCAGUGAGGAGGGAACAGUUGCUGGAAGGUGUCAUGGAGUUUGCUUAAGUAGUGUAUGGUGUUUUGUGUAAGGUUUAGGCCAUAGUUUGUUUCUUGUGAUUUUGUUUGUACCCUCAUGGUAUGGUAAUGGCCCUGGUAUUUAUAUGGGUCCUAUUUACGAUUUGGAGAAAACAGAGAUAAUAAUGUUUUUCGCCUGCAGGCUAAAGACCGGCAGAAGGGUGGGUCAUGGAGACCACUGUUUUCAUAUGGCCUAACUUUAAAUAAUUAGUAGCAGUGAACUAGUGAGUUUUUGGUAAGAUGCUGUGUAUAUAGUGCUAAUGAUAAUAUAGUGUAUAUUUUUGUAUAUGCGAGUUUAUUUGUCCUUCGUGGUCAUCAUCCUGUUUAGUCCAUUUGGCCCUAGGCUGAUGUAUUUUUUUUAAUAUUUAGCAUAUGCCCCCAGACAAGACUUGAAGCCCCGGUGCCCAGCAAAUCAACGUAACGAUGGCAUCCAAAUGACAAUAUUAUCCUAAGUUGUAAGAAAUGUUCUGCAUAACCAGAAUCUUUCUAUAUAUUUUGUCGAUGACGUAAACUAUGUAUCGGUUGUUUCA